GCGACAGUAUUGCUCGAGUAGCGAUCGGCUCACAUACACAAAACACACCACAGAGGCAGUGUGCCUCGAAUUAUUGUGAAUCGAACGGCAACAGCAAUAGCAGAAGCAACAUUGUAACAUCGUUGCCAAAGUGUUGUAGUUACUGUUCUCUAUAAACAUCUUCGUUUUUUUCUUCGAUCGAGCAAAGGCUUGGAAGUUGAAAAAAAUGACUUCGUGACGAAAAGUUCAGUUUCCAACCCCGCAGUCGUCUUUCGAAGCUACAUUCGAUUAAAAAAAGAAACGCAUAAGUAUCAGGUCGACGAACAAGGCCAGCCGCCACGAUGAAGGCGAAAGAGCUGGUUCACAAGUGGUACGAGAAGCUGCCCAGUCCGAUAAACUGCUGGGACUGGCUGUGCAACAAGUUCCCCAAGACCUAUCCGUUCAUGUGCUUCAUGUUUUAUUUGGCAAUCGGCUCCUCGGUGUACUUCUGGAUCGAGUACGGGCCCGAGCAGGAGAAAAUCGCCGAGGAACUGGUGAAGCGCAAAAACUUUACAGUGGUAAUAACCAACGUCAUAGAAACUGGAAUGCGAGAAAAGAUGAACGCGAGUCAGAUCGCCGAACAAGUCUUCGUCGAGCUCGCCCAGUAUCUGGGUCAUGAGUUGGACCACUACAUAACCUUUCCUCCACUCGGGACCAAUUACACCUUCAUCAACUGCUUCUUCCUGGCGUUUUCUACCCUCAGCACGAUCGGCUACGGCAACAUCUCGCCAACGCGCAACUCGUCACGCCUCUUCACCAUAGUGUUCGCCUUUAUCGGCAUACCGCUGUACGCCUUGACCCUGGCGCGCAUCGGCGAGAUCUUCGCCCACAUCUUCAUGGAAGGCUACUACAAUUUCAAGGUGGACAUGCUGUCGCUCGAGCAGAAGGAACAAAUGGAGAUCGAGAGGUACAAGGCGAUGGGCCUGGAGCGCACCCCGGAGGACAUUGAGCGGGCCCGCCAGCUGCGCAGGUGGAUCUCGAUUCGAUUCUCGAUGAAGAUCGUGCUCUUCGUGAUACCGGGACUGUCGCUGAUGGUCGUGCUGCCGGCAAUACUGAUCGGCAGGGUGGAGAAGUGGACCUUCAUCGAGGCCGUGUACUUCGCCUUCAUCUCACAGACGACCAUCGGUUACGGAGACUUCGUUGCCGGUAUCAAAAGCAACAUAAAAAACAAAUGGGCCAACGGCUUCUACCAGACCUUCCUGUUCAUGUGGCUGUUCCUCGGUCUCAGCUAUAUCGCCAUGAUCAUACGAUUCAUCACCGACUUCAUCUCGAGCCGCAAACUGCUCAAGAUCGAGGCUGCCCUCAUCCAACGGCUGCGCCUCAAGCGCGGCAAAGUUUGGAACGAUCGCAUUCUGAAUUUCAAGUUCUUCCAGCGCAUGGCCGAGGAGAUGCAGCUGCACAAGGAAAUUAAGGAGCCGCUGCAGUACUCGUCGCCCCAAAUGUUCCUCGCCGAGUGGCAGAGCUGUCCGGAUCUGCGCAUGCUCGACACCCCCGAGUUCCAGGCUAUGGUCGAGGCAGAGGCGAUGAGACGCGUCAAGAGCGACACCGAUUUGCAAGCAUUGUACGAAGAAGAGAUGAUAGAGGAGAAGCCAAACAAGAACGAAAGAUGGGUAAUGCGUUCGGACGCAGCCGACCAGGUCGGGGACGAGCCAUGCAGAGCCUCCGAGAUUCUGUCUCGCCUUGUAUUGGCUCUGGGCUACGAGCCUCCGUGCUUCUGCGACGAGGAGGAUAAUUGCGAACAACAACAACAACAGAACGAGCAGAGCGUCUACGACACGGUGAGAUCGAUGUCGAUGGCAGCGGCCGACAGGUCGGAUUCACUUUCGCCGAUCGCCUUGGACGCCGCAGCCCUGGCUCAGCUCAACGCCAACACGAUCACCUCGAUGCAGAGCUACAACGCCGGCGGCGGCUACUCGAAUUACGACGCCAAGACCAUCACCCAGGACGAGUCGGUGUUCAGCCACUGGAGCACCACCAUAGGCCCGGAGAAGAUGACCCCCCUCGACAGCAAGUGGGACGUGUCGACGACGAGCGAACCAGCGAGGAACUUGGCGGCGGCGGCGGCGGGCCCAACAGUCGUGCCCGACAGCAAUCAGACGAGCGUGACGGGCUCGGCCGCGUUGGCGGCCCGACUGGCCCGCGGAAUGCGUCCGCGCUCCAACAGCGAGCACUUCGCCAACAAGCAGCACGCGCUCCCUUGCCGCUAUCGCAACGAAAUGACGUGGUACGGAGCGCCGACCAGCAAGGAAUUCGACGACGUCUUCAAACAGAGCCGUCGAGAGCAGGAGCAGGACAACAACAUCAUGCCGCAGAUACCGGAAUUGUCGUAUGGCUCGCAGCAGCAGCCGCAGCAGCAGUCGGCCAAGAGCAAAGUGUUUUCGCGCUUCAUGCGCUUCAACAAGUGGAUGAGGAGGCCCAGCAUCAUCGAGCAGCAGGUCGAGCGCAGCUACAACAGCAUCGAGGAGGCGAUGAGGCGCGACGCCGAGACCUUCGACGAGCUGCCCAAGGACUCGACCGUCAUCGACGUCAUCGAGCUCCAGCAACGCGAGCGCUCGCAGCGACGGGGCGAGCGGGCCAUCGAGGAGAUCACCACAAAUCUCAAUCCCAAGUCCCUCGAGGUGCUGGAGAACACCUCGGUGGCGGACCUGAUGCGCGCCCUGGCCCUCAUCAGCGUGGGCGCAGCCGGCAAUGUCGCGGGUGGCGGCGGCUACCGCCAGGUCGACGACCGAGGCCAGCCUCUUCUGCUGGACGACCAUCAGUUCAUGUCGAUCACGGGCCACAACGGCGUGGGCCUGGCGCCCGUCCCCAUGACCGUGGCCUGUCAGUCGGCUGGCGCCGCCGGUCAGCCGCAUCGGAAGUUCGGCACGGCGCAGCGGCCCCCGGAGAAGGGCCUCGAGAAGCUGCUGUCGCUGUUCGUGCCGCCACCAGGUACCGGAGGGACGGACACGGGCUCGUCCAACAACCAGUCGAACCAGUGCCCGUCCAGCGAUCUGCUGACGGAGGAGGAGCGGCAGCAUCUGCGCGGCAGGCGCGCCACUCAGGGCAACGCCGACAUGCUGGGUCUCAGGUCGCGCUUCGGCGAUCGCCGAUUCUCCCUCAGGCCGACCAGUUUCGGCGGCAGUGGUGGAAACGGCUCGUUCGGUCGGGGCGGCGACGCUUACACCAGCAGGCGACGCUUCGACGACCAUCAUCUGAUCGAGUCCUGCCCGAAGCGCUCGCUCGUCCAGACGGAGAGCCGACCCGGGAUCUCGUCGCCGGUCGCGCUGGCCGCGGCCAAGAGGGCGGCGCGCCGAUUCUCCGUGCGUCCGGCCGACAUCGCCUCGCCCAUAGGCAAGGGUGCCACCAGUCCCCUGAGCGUCGCCUCCGCGUCCAUCUCGUCGUUCGUCGAGACGGAUCCGGCUGGCCCGUCGCCGGACAGUCCGCGAAGUAGAUACGACCGACAGACCUCGCUGCAGACCGGCCCGAUUCCCCGUUGGAAGGCCGGCAUACUGCAGAAGGGCGCCUCGGCCUUCAGGCGAACACGAGCCUUCAGCCUGAGCGAACUGGACAAAGGCGGCAGCAGCGGCCGCGUCAACGGCAGUCCGCAGGGCGCGAGCGGCGUCGGUCGCGGCAGCAGCAGCAAACUGGCCAUCAGUCCGCUGGCCAUGAACGAGGCGGAGGGUCGCGGGAUGACCGUGAGCCAGCGGCUGCACACGAGCACCCAGAAGACCGUGACCAUCGUCACGCCCAAGAGCUCGGCCAGGGGCCUGAUGAUGAGCAGCCAGGUUGGUGGCGCUGCCGCGAACUUGAUGAUGACCACGUCGUCGCCGGAGUCGCCGCGCGAGCGAACCGAGUCGGGCAACGAGGCCGAUAACAGCUCCGAGGAGUCGUAGAGGAGACACGAAUGUAUAGAUUGUACAGAUGAUUUUUUAGAUUUUUACCCGCAAGCGAGUUCUUUUAGUUUUUAGAUGUAUCGAUGCUUUGGACGAGGACUCGUUGUCGUACAAAAUUUCAGUUUUUAAUCGUUCGUCAGUAUUUUCUGUAUAUAGUUUUCGUCUAGAGCGUCGAUAAUUAUGUAUAAAAUGUAAAUAAGACAAUUUUUAGUAGACAGUUUGAUUGUCUAUAAUGGACCGAAUCCAGGGGGGAAAUGUCUUUCUUUCAUUUACAUUAUAUUUUCACAAAUAUACCAGAGAUUUGAUAUUGCGUAUUCUAUCAUAAUUUUUUAGCGUUACGAUCGUAUUGUUGACUCGUUGUAUACACCGCACACGCAUGUAUUAUUUUAUUUUAUUACUCCUCGGUGUGAUAGACUGAAUAUCGUGAUAUAUUUUGUUUUUUUUUUUUAAUCGAAGAAUGUGAACUCUGCGAAGCAGAACGAGAGAGCCGAUUUAUUUUGUCCCGAGAUCAAUACUCAGUCAUUUUUACCGAUAACUUACGGAUCGUUAUUUUAUUAGCGUAGAGCGCGAUUGAACAAAAAAAAAGUUUCCUGUCACGUACAUUAUAAUUAUUAUACAUUUACAUAUUUGGUACAACACUUUGCAGAGAAGCCAUAUCAUGUAUUAAUUUUAAUUAUAUAGAGCUAAUGUUUUAUUUUACAUCGUGCCUCUUCUUUGAUUACGCUUAAAGUUACCAUUUUUUAAUUUAAGUCGAAAGAAUGUAAGAGACAAAACUGUAAGAUAACUGUGUAACUAUAAGGAACGACAAUAAAAAGGCUGUGACAAGUAUAGAGUUUCGAUCAAAUUGAUGCGAAUGAAAAACAAAAAAGAAUCGAAUUGACAUGCUCGAAGCGUAACGAGUUCGUUAUAGUAUUUUUACAAAUGCGGCUGUGAUUUUAAUCGUAGAAAGAGACAGUUUUUAAUGAAUAGUGAGAGCCUUAUCAAAUCAUACAAUGAUUAUUUUAGAUAAGAAAACGAUUUCCUAUAGGCAGCAAUGUAACACAUGAAUUAUUUUUUAAGAUUAAUUUCAAGUUGAAUUAAAUUGCGAACAAUUCCGUACGAGAGAAUUGCCUAUAAAGAUUAAUAUGAUUAUUAUAUAAUUUAUUGCGUCUUACGAAAUUAAUUAAAAAACUAUUCGGUAAAUUUCAUGCAAUACGCGUCCUAAAGAGGAAUUACCUGUAGUGAUUUUAAAGCGCACGAAGUACUUUUUAAGUUUUAUUAAAAAAUGACUUUUCCGUGUUCUGCGAACACGUCUCCCGUAGAGGAAUUUCCUGCGGUCAACAAUGUAUUGUAUCUGCGGACUUCUGAUUCAAAAAGUUAUCUUUAAUUGAUUUAUGAUUAAGUACUUCAUUUGUAAGAAUUUCCUAUCUGAUACAAUAUGUUGCCUUUUUAAUAUACGUUUCAAUUAAUUGUUUGAAAACUCAUCCUAAAAAUGUCUGAUACUUGCAAAGUACGUGACGUAUUUUCGAUGAAACAACCUUUCAAUAAAAUUGAUAAAUAAAAAAUUUGAGUGCAAUAGAAA